AUGGCUGGUUCAAUCGCUGACAACGCUACCUUAUACAAUGAGAAGAAGACGGCUUUCACUUAUGUACCACCAUCACCUCCGGCUGAACUCAUCGAGUCUACAUCCUACACGUUAGACUUUACAGCUAGAAAAUGUAUAAUUGUCGGUAUCGAUCCAACAGAACAACUUCAAACAGUUGUUAUUUUAUUAACAUCGUCACGUUAUGUGAAAAUUAGUAUAGAUUUUCUAAGACGGAUAUUCUCGCUUAUGGGUAACGUACUAUCUUUUAUAUUAGACACGCCACAAAACUACAAGCGAACCAUAUUUCUCGAAACUGAUUCUUAUAAAAUAUCCGAGUAUGGUGGUAUAGCGGUUCAAACGUUCUAG